CGCAUAAACUGUGUUGCGAAUCGAGCAGCUUCCUAUCGCCCGCAAUGUUUCGUCGAGUCGCGACGGUGACGCUGAUGUCCGCCGCGGCGCUGAGCUUUCUGGCCACCAUGUCGGCUGCCCCACUGCAGGCGCUGACCUACAAGCAGCCGUAUGAGGUGGUGGACUCGGACGGAAGGCGUCAGAUCUCGGACGACAUCAUCUUUGGUGGCACCACGGAGGUCAAGAAGAAUUUCAUCCGCCUCACUCCCGAUCGCCAGAGCAAACGCGGCCACAUCUGGAGCAAGAGCUCCAUUAAUCGGGACGAACUUGCCACUGUCAUCACCUACCGUAUUCACGGUCAGGGAAAGAAGUGGUUUGGCGACGGCAUCGGCCUUUGGUUCACUCAUGAGCCGCAGUGGAAGAACGGCGACAAUCACGGCUUUAUCGACAAGUACACGGGCUUCGGCAUCGUGCUAGACACGUUCCACAACGUGGAGCACCGUGGUGGCCAUAAGGACGUAACAAUUCAGAUAAACGACGGUACUAAGCGUCUAGACGAUCUCAAUGACGAGAACAAGAUCGGCUGCGACGCCGCCUUCCGCUACCACUCGAACAGUGCCAAUUUUGAUCCCGUCUACAGCUCGUCGCGCAUCCGCAUUAAAAUCAAAGGUAACGCUCUCGAGGUGGAUGUCGACCCGAACAACACAGGCACCUGGACUGAGUGCCACAAGGGUAACCUCCCCUUCCAGAAUGACUGGCUGCGUCGUGCGACUUUGGGUAUUUCGGCGUCGACCGGCGCUUUGGCUGAUAACCACGAUAUUCUGCGUGUUCAGUCGUUCGACCAGACCAACGACGCCGGUCUAGGCACGGUGGACGCCGAGACGUGGUCGCACAAUUACUCGAAGGAUUUCGUGUCGCUGAUGGAGAGCGACGUGUGCGAUCAGUCGUGCAAGGUGACGAUCUUGGAGAAGUAUGUGACCAACUUCCAGGUCGAGACGGAACAUUGGUUCGAGAUGCUGCGCGAGCAGACGGACAACACCAUCAGCAAGCUCAAGGAGAAGGAGCGUCAGAACCAACGCAAGAUCCAAGCUCUCACCGACCGCAUGACAGCAAUGAUGGAACAGAAGAUUGGACAAAAGAUGGCGGAUGUGCGCUCCAAGGUAAACGAGAAGAUUGCCACGGAGGUUGAGGGCGAGCUCACUGUGGCGAGCUCCAGCUGGCGCCUUCCGUUCUUCGUUAUGCUCGUCCUGAUUGCUGGCGGUGUGGGUGUAGCUUACCAAAAGUACCGAAAGCUUGUCAAGAGCCACCUAUACUAG